UUGCUAUUAGUUUUGAUCGGCCGUUUGGAACUUCCGUCCAGCACUUCCCUCUACAAGCACAAUGAAGCCCUUUGCCUGCAUCCUGGUGAUCCUUGCCUCCAUCCUGGCCGUUGGCCACGCCUCUCUGGGCGGUCUGCUCGGAGGCGGUGGUGGCGGCGGCGGUGGCGGUGCCGGCGGAAUUGGCCAGCUUCUCCAGAGCAAGUUGGGCGGUCUGGGAGGCCUUGGCGGCGGCUUGGGCGGAGGACUCGGCGGUCUUAGCGGCGGUCUCGGCGGCAAGCUCGGAGGAGGUGGCGGCGGCGGCGGUGGCUACUCCGGUGGCCAGUCUGGCGGAUGGUCCAACGGCGGAGGAUACUCCGGCGGCGGUGGAUACUCCGGUGGCGGUGGAUACUCCGGUGGCGGUGGAUACGCUGCCCCAGCUCCUGCCAGGCCCGUGGAGAAGGUGGUCAUCGUCAAGGUCAUCAACGAGGGCUACUCCGGUGGCUACUCUGGCGGCCAGUCCGGUGGAUACUCCGGCGGCUACUCUGGUGGAUACUCUGGUGCCCAGUCCGGUGGUUACUCCGGCGGCUACUCUGGCGCCCAGUCCGGAGGCUGGAACAAGGGCUGGUAAGAGGCUACCACCCACCCCCCACCUACCCCCUACACUUAAAGAAAUAGUUCAAAACUGCCAGCCAAAAGCUUGGGCUUCCCAGCGGAGGGAAGAAAACAAAAAAAAAAAACAGAAAUCCCGAAUUUGAAGCUCCACUAGCUUAAGUUUUUUUUUUAUAUUUAGACUUAUUUUUGUUUUUUUGUUUAGAAUUUAUAAAAUAUACGCG